AUGAAGCUCCUCACCAAUAUCCUGGGUGUUGUCUCGUGCACUGCUAUUAUAGUCACUGCACAGGCACCCAAAGAAAAUCAAGCUUCAAACAUUGAAGCUCCGAAGGCCCAACCCAGUAUCGACGUACUCCGCGAGAGGGCUACCCGCCAGUGGCUGCGGGAUCUUCUUGAUGAGGACAUUCAGUAUCCGUCUGCGGACCAAAACAACCAAUACAGACACGCUUUGGAAGAUUUCGAGAACCUGAGCAGGCAGUUCACUCACUAUCCGACAAAUGAGAUGGGAGAACCGGAAAGAGAGGCGAACUCCGAAGAAGAUGUCAAGCGAACUGCCGCGCUGAGAGAUGGACCGUUUGAGUCACCGCCAGCAAAUGAAUGCACUGACGCUCCAUCGUCCGGAGAUCUCCUUGACACGAACACUGAUUGGCCGUCUGUGGACGAGGACGCGGAUGAGGAAUAUGCGGAUUUUCUGAGCAGCAAUUGGGAAUAUGCCGACAAGAUCAAUGCCUUGUGGAAUACUGAUAAGAUGUAUGUGGUGGAAGUCCCGGGUAAGACAGGUUCAUCGUCAGAGGGUUCCAAGCGAUAUUGGUUGCAUACGUAUGACGGUCGGAAAUACGGGCCGUACGACAACAAAGCUCAGGUAGAGUUCGCACUUUGA